AGUAUGGCCUCAUCAUCAACACCUAAAUAUAAUUCAAACUCCUUGGAGAGUUCCUCAAUUAAAAGGACUCUGAAAGAUGGAACGAACUGGGAACAAAAUGAAGAAAUACCUCGUCUGCCAGGAGAGACUAGAGUUACAGACAAGGAUGUUAUUUAUAUGUGUCCUUUUAAUGGCCCCGUUAAAGGAAGAGUGUACAUCACAAACUACCGUCUGUACCUAAGAAGUGUGGAAAAUGAUCCAGUUGUGGUAUUGAAUGUCCCUUUGGGUGUAAUUUCAAGGAUUGAAAAAAUGGGAGGAGCUUCAAGCAGAGGAGAGAACUCUUAUGGAUUAGAUAUAACCUGUAAAGAUAUGAGAAAUUUACGGUUUGCAUUAAAACAAGAAGGGCACAGUAGAAGAGAUAUAUUUGAAGUCCUCACAAAAUAUGCUUUUCCUCAGUCACAUAACUUG